UGAAUAUGUAACGAAUUGGAGCCUAACACGGUGAAGUGGGGAGCAACGGUGUUGUUUAAGCUAAGGCUAGAAAAAUAAGGCAGAUUUAGCCGCAACGGAAGAUAAGACUGCGUCGAAACGGUUUAGUUGUACUCUCGUUAUUUACUUCUUCACGGUAGGACCACUGCAGUGUGAGAGCUAUGCCUGGACAAACGACGGUUAACGUUUCUGUGGCUGUUGCUCCCAGCAAUGAUCCGCAAAAAUCGUUCCCCUUUGUUUUGAAGAAAAUCAUGGAUAUUCCUCCACCUAAUAUACUCGACGACGGGGACGAUGAAAUCGAGAAGGAGAAGUUGAGCUCCAAUGGAGAUGGGCAGUCUCGUGGAGAUGGAGGUGGAGGUGGAAGUGGAGGGUCAGGGGGUGCAGGCAGUGUUUCAGCCUCCCUAACUCCAGCCAUCUGGGACAAAACCAUCCCGUAUGACGGGGAGAACUUCCAUCUGGAGUACAUGGACCUAGAUGAGUUCCUGCUGGAGAACGGCAUCCCCGUGGCUUUGGAGGAGGAGCUGCAGAAGAGUCUGGAGCAGGAGCGUCAUGGCAGUGAAGCUCCAGCAUCUUCCACAGCAACCCCAGAGACCUCAGAGGCCUCAGCGGCCCCGGAGGUGGCCCCUAAAGUGCCUGAGGAAAAAGAGAAAGAAGCAGACAAGGAAAAGGAGGAAGAGAAGGAGAAAGAGGAGGAGUGUGAGAGUGAUGCGGCUGAGCUGCAAGUGAUGGAGAAUGCCACAGAGCCCAGAAAGGAUUCGGACCGAGUGACUCCAUCUCCAGUUAACCCAGAGGACAUCGAGGUGAAUGUGAACUUCCAGCCAGACCCAACAGACCUGCUUCUAUCCAGUGUUCCUGGAGGCGAGAUUUUCAAUCCACGGAAACACCGCUUCAGUGAGGAGGAGCUCAAACCACAACCCAUGAUCAAAAAGGCUAAGAAAGUCUUUGUUCCUGAGGAUGCCAAGGAUGAGAAGUACUGGGUGAGGAGGAAGAAGAAUAAUGUGGCGGCGAAGCGCUCCCGUGACGCACGGCGGCUGAAGGAGAAUCAAAUCGCAGUGCGGGCGAGUUUUCUGGAGCGGGAGAACGCUGCGCUGCGGCAGGAAGUGGCUGAUCUCCGGAAGGACUGCAGCCGCUGCAAGAAGAUGAUGGCCCUGUACGAGGCCAAGUUUGGCCCACUGUAAGGGACAAACGUCAGCCAGACGAACACUGAGAUUAGG